CAAUCUUGCCUGAAAACAUUCUCCCUCAUCGAUCUUGAUCUCAAGAUCCAUCCUUCCAUUGAUUCUUACUGCAGCGGCUGCACCGCUCUCACCGCUGUCUUGCAGGGUGAUCAUCUUGUUGUUGCAAAUGCCGGUGAUUCACGAGCAGUAAUAGCAACGACUUCUGAUGACGGAAGCGGUUUAGUACCGGUUCAGCUAUCAGUAGACUUUAAACCGAACAUUCCCGGUAUAUCUCUAAAAGCCUUCUCCAUAUUUUACAUUUAA